AUGACCCCUCCGAUCUCCAUGCACUUGCAUCCAGCGUUAGACGAGUUUGAGCACCGGGUCGCCAAGAUAGGCAAUCGUUAUCAAGUUUCGCUUCUCAUCAAGGAAUCCUGCUUCAGCGAACUAGCGGACAACCGAACGAUUGCAGAGGCCAGACUCUUUUCGCAGCUUCGUCGCCUUCGCGAUCAGCCCCAUCUCAUGCAGCAAUAUCACGACACCAUAUCUGAGUACUUCUCAGAAGGUCAUGCAGAAGAGGUGCUAAACACGUCGAGCCUGCCUCCGAACCUCGAUUACCUUCCUCAUCAUGCGGUGAUACGCCAAGAUGCCGUGACAACGAAGGUUCGAGUGGUCUUCGACGCCUCCUCGCAUAUGCCCGCCGAACUCUCUCUGAAUCAAGUUCUGCACAAAGGCCCGAAUCUCAACGCUGACCUCCUCGUGCAACUUAUCUCGUUCCGCUGCCAUCCGGUCGUACUGAUUGCAGGCAUUCGCAAGGCUUAUCUGCAGAUCGCGAUCCGUCCCGAGGAUCGAGACGCCUUGCGUUUCCUUUGGAUUAAGAAGCUACCUUCACCUCAAGAACCCCUACCGGACAUCCAGGAAUGGCGAAUGACUCGAGUUCCUUUCAGCGCCUCUUCCCGUCCAUUUUUACUCGCCGCCACACUACGUCAUCAUCCCGCAAGCGCCGCUGACCGAUACCCAGCUACCACCGAAAGCUUAAAACAUUCGUUUUAUGUCGACGACCACAUUGUCGGAGCAACCUCUGACGACGACGCCUUUCGACUCUAUCAGGACGCCGUUUCAAUCUUGGCCGAAGCUGGCAUGGAGCUCCGCAAAUGGGCGUCUAGCUCCCCAACCAUGAAUAGUCAGUUUCUACAGGACUGCCUUGCCUAUGACAACGUGUCGACUCAGCCUAUGAUCAAGGUGUUAGAACUUCUCUGGCAUCGUCCCACCGACGAAAUCACCUUCGACGUCGGUUCGGUCGUCGUGUAUAUCGCAGAUCACCCUGUCACCAAGAGGACUCCACGCACUAGCCCGUAUAUUCGACCCCUGGGGUACUUGACCCCCUUCACCACAUCCGCGCGCCUAUUGUUUCAGUCGUUGUGGAGUCUCGGUUACGGUUGGGAUUCCCCGCUUGCUCCCCAGCAACGCUCCGGUUGGACCGAAUGGUGUUCGCUAUACCUUCGAACGACAGCCUCCCAAGGCCAGUGGAACUGCAGUCUUCUCAUCAGGAAGGGUCGGGUGGCUCCGCUCGAGACCAUCUCCCUUCCACGCCUUGAACUCAUCGGAUGCCACGCCGCCGCAAGGCUCGCUGCUCACAGCCGGCAACUUUCUUUGCUCACAUCUCUACCCACUUAUUUUUGGACCGAUUCCACAAUAGCAUUUCACUGGAUCACAGCCAACCUACCGUUCAGACCUGCUUUUCUUCAGCACCGCGUCACCGAAAUCAAACGCCUCUCCACCGGUCACACGUGGCGUCAUUGCCCCGCCGACAAGAGAACCCCGCCGAUCUUGUCACUCGCGGUGUGUCUGCUCAGGGACUCGCCGCCGAACCCCUAUGGUGGCACGGCCCACACUGGCUCACCAUGCAGGCAGACUCCUGGCCUUCUCGGCCCUCUUCAAGCUUCGCUCCAGUCCCCCAAGAUGAAGAACACAUCACGCAGACCACUGUCUGCCCGCUCCCUCAGGUUGCCACCGAGGUCUGCCACCCUCAGGUCUGCCACCGAUCAGGUUGCCGGCUAUUUUCGAUUUCGACCGCUACGGCAAUCUAAGCACGGUUCUCCGGAUCACCGCUUGGGUACGCUACUUCGUCGCUAA